AACCCCUCAGGCAAUCUAAACUCAAGAAAUCAAAUGUCUGCACCAGAUUUGGAAAUACGUCUAUUUCGAUGGCCUCUGCUACAUCACUACAUGAGCUCGUGUUGCGAAAUUAAUAGUGAUUUGUUCUUCGAAAAUCUGGUGCAGGAACUGGAUAUUUUUAUGUUAGAUUGCCAAAAAAGUCAGGAUUGGUGCAAAAGCUAAACUAAAUGUUAUGCAAAGCAUAAGGUUUCGCUUCAUGCAGUUAGUAUUAUUUGCUUGACCCUCAGCGUACAGUCAUCUUGGAUUUGAACCACCUAACCUUCAAUACAUAAUGGCGGAACAACCCGGUUUUCCCGCCAAGAAAGCCUAAGCGCUCAGUAAGCUCCGGAUCUCGGUUUCGUAUGGCGCACCCUUGUCGUCCAAGCUGUUUAUUUUUCCGUGUUUUUCAUAAUUUUUGAGUGCAUAUCACAGCAAAAAUGGGACAAUCGGACGAUAUCGAGGAUUCUACCUACAUUAAACAUCAAGAUUUAUGUCAAAAACUGAAUAUGGAUGCAACGUCGGCCUCCGAAGCCUGGAGAUCAUACGAGACUAUAAGAGAAAAUUACACACUUGAGGGGGAUCCCAUUCAUUGGAUAGGAUGUGCAUUAUACGUCGCAUGCCGAAAAUCGUCAACUCCAGCAGUUGGAAAAACGGGAGCAAACAUAGAAGGCAACUGGGUAUCGCUAACUCGGCUUUUGCGACUAUGCAACUUGCCUUUAAUAGAAUUCUUUACAAAAAGCAAAGCUUGGGCGGACAUGGCUAAUAUGCCGCAAGAUUUUCGAGCCAAAAUAGAAAAACUUGAACGGAACUUCGCCGUUUCUAUGAAUAUAUUCAAAAAAUAUUUUCCGAUAUUUAAAGAUAUAUUCAAGAAUCCUACAGAUGGUUUGCGACCUGCAAGAUCGAGAAGGCACAGGAACCUUCCGUGUACACCAUCCAGAGUCUUCGAAUUCUGCUGGAGCCUUUUCGUAUGCAUCAAAGGCACACUUCCAGCUCUUUCAGACGAUUUAGUCAAUUCUUAUCACCUUCUUUUGGUGUGCUGCGACCUGAUGUACAACAACGCCCUUUUGAGUGACAGGCGAGACUUGCUUAACCCCGAGUUCCCCGGUUUGCCUAAGAAUUUCAAUGAGGACAACUACACUCCACCAUAUUCAGCUAACUGCAUUGUUGAUUUGCUGUGUGAGCGUCAUGAUGCCAUUUCAGUUGAAGCUAAGGGUAUCAAAGAACACAUAUUUGAGAAUCACUUGAAUAAAUUAUUCAGGGACCAUAUUCUGCGUGGCGAACAGACCAAUUUUUCUGGUUUAUUGGAGACACUCAACUUUGACGCGAACUGCAAGGCCGUAAACAAGUUGUAUGAACAACACGUAUUAAGUUUAGGUGUCUUUGAUGAGAGGAUCUUUUUAGGUGAAGACGCCAAUGACAACAUUGGUUCGCCAAGAAAAAUAUCCAAUGUCGGUGACUUGCACGAUCAGUUUCAAACAAGGCGGGAUUCGGAAGGAGGAAUGCAGAACUUAGCACCUCCAACUCCAUUAACUGGUCGCAAAUAUCUUAGAACUAAGGAUGCGUCCAAUAUUGCCCCGGUCUCCAGUGCGACACAAGGAGUCAUUCGUAUUCAAGCUCUAUUAUGUGGCCGCCACGGAUCACCGAGUGAUGAUCUACUCGAAAUUUUCAACAAUUGUUCGCGCGAUGUGAAAACCUCAGUGGAGACCAAAGUAAUAGAGAUCGGUGAACAAUUUUGUGCGAAAUACACACAAAACACAGAUGGAGCAGAAGUUGCUUCUUUAGACUUUGGGAAAAAACGAUUCUUUCUGGCGAAAACUCUUUUCUACAAGCUUUUAGAGAUGAUUCUAAAGGAGGAAAGAAAUAAGAAGCUGAAUUUCGACAUAACCAAUCUAAUGACGAAUGAAGUGUUCAUACAGUGCCUUCUUGCAUGUUGUCUGGAAAUUGUAAUUUACUCCUAUAAAAACGAAGAUAAAACGUUCCCCUGGAUAUUGAACUCUUUAAAUAUAGAGGCAUAUUAUUUUUAUAAAGUAAUAGAAAUCACAGUGAAGGUAGAGGAACAAUUAUCUCGAGACGUGGUCAAACAUCUAAACUGCAUUGAAGAAAAAAUUCUAGAGUCUUUAGCAUGGAAGAAGAGCAGUCCACUCUGGCAAGCUAUUGAAUCGACACAGGGUGGUGUUCCCUCAUGUGAAGAAGUGUCGCUGCCCGGAUCUACAGAUUCAGUCGAGUCUAACAUACCAGGACAUCCUCAUUUGCGAAGAAUUGCUCUUGAUCGUGGUGCCCAUUACGACGUACUGCAGAGUCCUAUUUCUUCUGCUUCGGAAAGAUUUCAGUCACCUGUGGCUGCAUCAGGCAGAAGCCAUAGCAUUCUCAGAGUUGGAGGACAAAGUUUGCUAUCUCCCAAAGUAUACGUACCAUUGCCAGACCAAACAUCUACACCAAAAACGAACACCUGCCCGCCAAACAGAGAAACAACCAAACCACGACGUACAGGUUCUGUGGCACUUUUCUUCAGAAAAUUCUAUAACCUGGCAGCAGUUCGCAUGCAUGACUUGUGCACGAACUUGGCGAUAAACGACGAAGACAUAAAGAAGAAGAUAUGGACAAUCUUCGAGUACUCAAUCAAAGAGGCUACUCACUUAAUGAGAGACAGACAUCUCGAUCAGAUUUUAAUGUGUGCAGUGUACGUCAUCUGCAAACUGGUUAAUUUUGCAAAGAAUUCAUUCACUGAGAUUAUGCGGUGCUAUCGCCUUCAACCACAAGCAGAAUCUCAUAUAUACAGAUCUGUAUUGAUCAGCGAGAUCUCGCGCAAUGAAAAUGAUACUACCGCUGAAGCAGAAAACGGGUUUUCUGGACAAGUUAAUAAUUUUGCUCCACCGACUCCUUCAAAUUUGGCAGGGACGUCGCAAAACUUUGGUACAGAAAAACGAGGAGAUCUUAUCAAAUUCUACAACACGGUAUAUGUGCCACCAGUUACGGAAUUUGCUAACAAAUUGGGUUUGGUAAAGGGCAAUCAACUGAACUUAACAUUGAGUCCUUUACCGAGAGGCAAGUCGACUGUAAGCUCUCCAUACAGGCGCGUCACAGGCAGUGUAACGACAAGAACAUUGGAUCCGAAGGCGUUUACAGCAUCACCUGCACCUACUCUCAGCUACUGCCUGGGCCGUAGUCCAGCUAAGGACUUGGAGGCAAUUAACAAAAUGGUAAUAUCUGUUGACGCAAGGAAAUCCGUUGGAAAACGUCUUCUUUCCGACGACACGGAUGUAGAUAUGACACUGGAUCACCAACUUUCCACAAAAAAAGUGAUGACAACUUUCGUAGCCCGGAAGCUAGAAAAUAUAUUAGACGAUCGUCGCAUACAAAAUCAAUAGAAUCAUGGCAAUAUAAUGUACUUUGAAGCUGAGUAUUCUUUAAAUGAUCGGUACUGUCCAUACAAAGUCAACUGAAAUUUAGGCUAUAAAAGAUGCGAAAGUUCACAUCGUAACUUAAGUAAAUGAAGCCAAGGGAGUGCGUAAGUCUAUAGACGUGAAUUAUUUUUUACUGACUUAAAAUCGUUAAUAAUACACACUAAGAAUAGUAGAUUUAACUAAUCUUUGCAUGAAAUUUGUUUUUCUUUUUAAUUUGAUAAAAUAUUUUGAAAUCCUAAAGAAGCACCCUAAUAAUUCAAACGUAAUUUAAGUUGAUAAUUUUCGAUUGUGACCUUAUACUAGAAAUGAUUUUGUAAAUUAAACAUUGGUUUUGGUGAUUGACAUAAUCGCGAUUUUUAAUAUAAAAUAAUUAACAAUUUAAAGUGACGUUUAUUAAAAACGACUUUAAAAGAGAUAUUAUAAAUGUUUAACGAAAUAGUUUCUGCCUUUCUCGCUUGCCGUUUCUGAUUAUAAAUCGAAUCAAAAUGGAAUACGAAGAAUCAGGAGCCAAUUUACAUAAACUAAAUUUCUUACAGUGUGACUGGUUUCUUUAAAGUUUUGUUAUAGUACAUAAAAUAUGUAUCAGAGAGAAAAAUUAUCAGAGUAUAAUAUCAUACACACACACACGCGCGCGCGCGUAGCUGUAAGUAACCAUCGAAAUUUGAAUACAAAAGUAUGUGUAUGUUAACUUUUAAUAUUCCCCAAAAUGUCUUUCCUUUUAUCUUUACUGCAUGAAAGAUCAUUGAUUAACAGUUUUACUAAUCUAUGUAAAGUUAUCCUGACAGAAAAACGGCAGUUUAAUUUGAUCGAGAAUAUAAGUAUUCAAACAGACAAGUUUCAUUGAAACUGAACAAGAAUUCAAAUUUACUAAUUUGAAAACAUUAAAAUUUUAUAAGACUUUAGAUCUGAUAGCGUUUGAAUUUCAAAAGAACAACGAUUUUUUAUUUACCUUGAAUACAUAGAAUUUUCGUUUAAUAUCUCGAUUGCUUUCACUGAUAAUUUUUAGUAAAUUUUUUGUCAUAGUAUAUUGUGUUGAAAUUUCAGAAUAUUUCAAAAAUUAUCCAAAAUACUUUUUUGUUUAUUCUUUCUCAAAAGUAGUUAUCGAAACAAAGAUUUCUGGACAAUGACGACCUGGUAAGAAUCUUGAAUUCUUUAUUCAGUCAAAUAAUAAUUUGAACGUAGUUCAAUAGAGAUUUUCAAAUGAGCACAUGCAAAUGCGAUUCGGGUGAUAUAGAAUUAUUAUAAAUUUUGUUUUAGGGCUAGGUUCAAGUGUUAAAUUAAUCUUCAAAUUAAUUUAUAGAUAUUAAAACAUAGCCGGUAACUGCAGAAUUAUAAUAUUCAAAGGAACCGAGUCUGUACACUAUGUCGUGCGUUUACAUGAGCAAUAAAAGGAGUUGAAAUUUACAUUUCAUAACAAUUAGUUUUAAGCAUCUCCAAAUUAGAUUUGAUAAAGUCCGUUGAUCUCAUAAUUAUUUUGUCCUUUAUUGCUAGGUAAUUCACGCAUAGCGGAGGUCAAAAGAAAUAGUAAGUUCGUUGAGGUCUUGCAUUUGUAAUCGACUGCUCGUUGUGUGUACCUUAGGUUUAUUACUUCGAAUAUUCGCUUUACUUGCGAAUACUAAUUGUUAUAUAAUUGUGAUUCUGUGUCGGUGCAAGAUGCGCCUUUAAAGUUUUUAUCAGGAUAUGAGUUAUUAUUAAUUUGUACAUAGCGUCUUAACUUCAGAAUAUAGAAAUAAACUAAACAUUAUUUGCA